AUGCGGACGGUCUCAUUUGAGACGAAGUGGGUGCUGUGGGCGCGCGAUGAACAUCCUCGGGAACGACGGCCAAACUGUCAGCGAUAGGCCGGUGGCAAGAUGGAGUCAAGAAAACCGGAGUUGGAAUUGGUCGUAGUGGCCAAGGAAGCCGCAGACACGACCUGUGGUGAUGGUGUGGUGAUGAUGAUGAUGAUGAUGAUGAUGAUGAUGAUGAUGAUGAUGAUGAUGACGAUAAUGAUGAUGAUGAUGAUGAUGAUGAUGAUGAUGAUGAUGAUGAUGAUGGUUAAUGAUGAUGAUGAUGAUGAUGAUGAUGAUGAUGAUGAUGAUGAUGAUGAUCGAUGA